UUUAGGUCCUUCACUCCUCAUUGUCAGCUCUCUCAUCUCACCAUUUUCGCGGUUUCUUCUUCAAUUACACUCUUCCACCGAUCCUAUCUUCUCUUCUCUUCUCUUCGUCUUUGUUUUUUCAACUUCCCACUUCAAUUCAAGUUCCGGAAUCACCUUCCCACCGCCUCCGGUCGACGUCAAUAGGGAAGUGGAUGAGCGGGGGGUUUUUUUUUAGUGGAAAAUGUUCAAUAAGUUAACCAAGCGUGGCUUUUGUACGGCAAUAUCAUCACGACCUUGGCUUUUUGUGGGGUUGGGAAACCCUGGAGAGAAGUUCAGAGGGACUAGGCACAAUGUGGGCUUUGAGAUGAUUGAUGUAUUUGCUGAGUCUGUUGGAAUUCCAAUGAACAGGGUUCACUGUAAAGCUGUGUUUGGUGAAGGUUUUGUUGGGGACAUCCCUGUUUUUCUGGCAAAGCCUCAAACUUACAUGAACCUGAGUGGUGAAUCUGCAGGACCACUUGCAGCUUAUUACAAGCUUCCUCUGAACCGUGUGCUCGUGUUUCAUGAUGACAUGACCUUACCUUGUGGGGUGCUUAGGCUUCAACACAAUGGAGGACACGGCUACCACAAUGGGCUGAAGAGUGUCAUUUAUCAUUUUCGAGGGAACAGAGAGUUUGCUAGGUUAAGAAUCGGCAUCGGAAGGCCACCUGGUCAAAUGGAUCCGAAAGCAUUCUUGCUUCAAAAGUUCAAUAACACUGCUCAAGAACGAAUUGAUACUGCAUUACAAGAAGGGGUUGGCGCCUUGAAGCUCCUAUUGUCUCACGGUUUGUCUGAGAGUGCAAGACACUUCAACCACGAACAAAAAUACAAGCACAUAAGGCUACAAACCAUGCCAGUAUGAUGAGAGUAUAUGGUGCGUAUUGCCAUUGCCAACGAAACAUACAAAUUCUUCCAAGUCCUCAAAGAUAAAAGAAACGAAGGCAGAGUGGAGGUUCUACUUAAGGUACACAAUGAUUUUGCCUUCAAAUAUUUAUGUAAUUAUUUUAUGCUCACAACUGAUAAGGCUUUGGUACUUCUAAAUUGUCUCGAGUUAGUUAAUAUAUUAUUUAUUUAUAGAAUUAGACCUGAUUGUUUUUGUUUUUUAA